AUGGUCGCAGACCUCAUCCGCGACUCGGCAUUCGGCCAUGUAGUCCGCCUUGUCUCUCGAGGCAAAUUAUUCCCCUACGAUGAAGAGAAGGACCCAGAACUUUGGAAAAAGUAUCUCAAUGAGAAGAAAUCGGGGCACGCGGCGUAUCAUGGAAGCACCGAGGCUCCCAAGGAAGAGGUUGACGAGUUGAAUCAAGCGCGUGGACUGCGUGCGCGCGAGGAAGGAAUGAAUUCAGAGUCAUCGUCGCAUACACAGAUUGCAGAGGGGUUCAAUGAAGCUAGUGGUGUGCGCGUGGAUGCUGAGAAGGGCAAGGAUGUUCAUGUCAUUGAUUGGUAUGGUGACAAUGAUCCGCAGAACCCGAGGAACUGGAGCCGUGGGAAAAAGUACUUCGUUACCGCUGAGAUCGUCCUCCUCACUUUCUCUGUCUAUAUUGGCAGCGCGAUAUACACGGCCGGUCUGCAAGACGUCAUGAUAAAAUUCGGCGUAGCUCAGGUCCCUGCUUUAUUGGGCUUGACGCUUUACGUUGCCGGCUAUGGGCUCGGGCCUCUGAUAUGGUCUCCCAUGAGUGAGGUGCCGCAAAUCGGGCGAUUGUGGGUGUACAUUGGAACACUUUUUGCCUUUGUGUUUCUCCAGUUCCCUGUCAUUUAUGCGAGCAACUUCGGCAUGAUGUUGGCGUUUCGCUUCCUGACUGGGUUUGUUGGAUCUCCGGCGCUCGCGACGGGUGGUGCUACCAUUGCUGACAUGUAUCGACCCAAAAAACAGGCCUAUGGCCUUGCUAUCUGGGGAAUUGGUGCAGUCUGUGGUCCCGUGUUAGGUCCGCUCGUAGGUGGCUUUGCUGUCAUGUCAAAGGGCUGGACGUGGACUAUUUGGGAGCUCAUGUGGCUCUCAGGUUCCACGUGGGUCGUUUUAUUUUUCCUCUUACCUGAGACGAGUUCACCAAAUAUCCUGCAUCGUAGGACUAAGAGGCUGAAAAAUCUAAGCGGCAACGACAAAUUGACUUGUGAACCGGAUAUGAUAUCUGCCGAAAUGAGUACCAAGGACGUCGUAAUGAUGAGUUUAGUCAAGCCCAUAACCCUCAACUUCACCGAACCCAUUGUUCUUCUCCUUAACCUUUAUAUUGCUCUAAUCUACGGUUUGCUCUACAUAUGGUUCGAGUCUUUUCCCCUCGUCUUUGUCGAGCUUUAUGGUUUUAAUCUCGGCCUGCAAGGCGUCGCCUUUCUCGGUAUCCUAGUUGGCACCUUUGUCGCCGUCGCCGUCAUCUUCGCGUGGAACUACUUUUAUCUCGAGAAGCAAUUCGACGACAAUGGCAACGUCGUUCCGGAAAAACGGCUCAUUCCUGCCAUGGUCGGAUGUUUCUUCGUCCCCAUCUGCCUAUUUUGGUUCGGCUGGUCGAGCCGCCCAAGCGUGCACUGGAUCGUCCCCAUCAUCGGCUCGAGUUUCUUUGGCAUCGCUUCCUUUUCGCUGUUCAACGCCGUGCUCCCGUAUCUCAGCGACGCAUAUCCGGAUUCCGUGGCCAGUGUGUUGGCGGGUAACGAUCUCAUGAGGAGUGCGUUUGGGGCGGGGUUUCCGCUUUUCGCGGGCGCAAUGUAUAAGAAUCUGGGAAUUGAUUGGGCGAGUAGUACGCUGGCGUUUUUGGGAAUCGCCUUUAUCCCGAUUCCGUUCGCGUUGUAUAAGUGGGGGAGGCAGAUUAGGAUGAAGAGUAAGAAUGCUAGGAAGGAUAUAUGA